AUGCACUUGUCUUCCCUCUCAAACUGGGCCACAGUAGCCCUCCAGGCCCUUCUUCUGUUUUCUCCCAACAUUCCUGUAGCUUCCUCCUCACCAUCUCCCCCAGAACUAUCAUUCCUAUACACAGCUUAUGUCGAAUGCGAAUCAAGUCUCAUGAGCUCUCCUGGCCCUCACGGUGUGCGACGUACAAUUCCAAUUGUGGGUGGAAACUUCACUGGUCCUAAUCUAUCCGGCAAGAUUCUCGACGUCGGCGCCGACUGGGGCCUAGUCGAUCCUCAAACCGGCAUCUUCAGCGCAGACACCCGAUACAACUUCCGGACCCAUGAUGGAGAGAAUAUCUUCCUUCAGACAUCUGGGCCUAAGUCGCCCAGUGGACAGCUACAUCUUCGGCUCGUGUUUGAGACGGGCAGUCGGAAGUAUUACUGGUUGAAUAAUGUUGUUGCGAUCGGUAUUCUUACCAAUGUGGCCGAGACGGCUAAUACUAGUCUGCUCAGAAUUGAUGCUUGGAAUAUGGCUACGGAUUGGAAUUCGACGAGUUUUGUGAAUCCGACUACGACUACUGCAUCUGGCUGA